AUGGGCAGUUUUGGUUACGCAAACUCCAUCGAAGGGGACGUUUAUAUUCAGCGGCUAGCAAGUUAUAUCAAAAAGAAUGAGGAAGCCUUGGCCAAUGGAUUACUAUGCUUCAGUAAAAAUAAAACAACAAUCAACAAGGUCAAACCCAUAAGGUUAACUUUCACUAUUCACCACUUGUACUACUUGACAGAACGCAUUGACCAGUCUACCAUGGGGGUCGAUGUUGGUCCAUUAAAUAUCAAAUUGGAUAACCCCAACCACGAACCCACAUUUGUUUCGUUCAUGGCAAACAAUGCAAGAUCAUCGCGGCAUUUCGAUAGUGAUGCGCGUUCAAUCACAUCUAUGAAUUCAAUGAAAUCUAUAGUCUCAAGUGCAUCCAUAUAUUGGAGAUCACUUUCAUUGAGUAAUGAUCCCAAGGUGAUUAAAAAAGAUAUUAAAUAUUUGUAUUCUUCUUUCACCAAAAUACCAUGUUUGAUACUCACACCAAAGACCAAAAUAAACAGCAUCAGCUCGUAUGAGGAAUAUCCAUGCGAUACAUCCGUUCCAAUCAAAAUGUUUAAGAAUUUGCAGGUUUUGGAAAUGAUAGAAUAUGAACCUAAUGAAAUCUUUGGAUGGAACUUUUUGAGCGACCAGUUGAGAAUAUUAAUCAUACGAAAAAGCAAGAUUACUGAUAUGGCAGAGUUAUUGUUUCACUUGGUGAUUGAUGAUGCAAAUGGAAGAUCUAGUUUCAACACCACAAAGCAAAAAUCGAUUCAAUUAGAUCCACCGUUUGAUUUGAGGGCAUCCAUUGACGAGCUGAAUACAAUGUUCAAAUACAAGCGGGAUCGUGGUUAUACAAAUGCAUCCAACGGAGCUGGCUCUUUUGGCGAUGCUGAGUAUGGUCGUUCAGAUACCUCACACAAACACAAGUGGUUGGCUUUGAAACAAUUGACGAUUUCGGAAACGUCUAUUGCACAUAUACCGAGACAAACGUUGAAACCAUUGGUGAAUUUAGUCAAAUUGAACUUGUCCAAUAAUCUCUUGGAGGAAUUGCCGGACGGGUUAGACCAAUUAGUUAAUAUAAAGUACUUGAAUUUUGCUGAUAACUUUAUAACCAGCUUGAAGAGCAUACCAUCGAAUCUUGGAAACUUAGUUACUUUGAAUUUCAACAAUAAUAAAUUGACCAACUUGGAUGGGUUAGAGAGAUUGGCCUCGUUGGAAAAGAUCGACUUGCGAAAAAACAAGCUUGGCACUAUGAAGAGCUUGAAACCUUUAGUUCAGUUGGCGGGAACAACAAAAUUAGACAAUGUGUAUAUAUCACACAAUCCUUUGCCCAAAAAUUAUCGAGUUGAUUUGUUCAACCUAUUCAAUGGAAUAAGAUACAAAAAUGCAGUUAAGAUCGACGACUCAAGACCAGGGUAUUUUGAAAAAGCAAUGAUGUUGGACCAAGAGAGUUCCGUUAGGAAUUUGGCUCAAUUUUUGGGCCAAACAAACACUACUCAUCAACACCAAUGUCAAAACUCGGCGCAAUUACCUGAAUCCUUGAUGUCGACCAAAACUCUUGCCACGACAGAGACCACCGAGACGGAUACAACAGCAACCAGCAUCGAAAAAACCUCUGGCUUUUCUCCAUCUAGUACAGUGUCAAAGCAGGAUGAGAUAGUCCACACAAUUCGGAACCUUCACUUGGACACAUCAAAUAAGCAGCGUAGUCCACAACAACCAGUUGUUGGACCAGCAAAGGUAAAGAGAUACGACUUAUCACACACAAUUUUAUCCACUUCAAUAUCUCUACUUUCUCAACCCAGCUCACCCUUACACACAAACUCAAACAUCACAAACAAGAUAGACUCCCCAAAUCUGAUGAAAAUGACACAUCUAAACUCAUCAACCUCGUCCAUACCGUCAGCUCCAUCAAUGAAGAGAUCAAAUACAUUGGUGGACAUUGAAAAUCAUAAUCCUGCACCAAGUAUUGUCACACCAGUUCAGGUCACUGCGAGAAUGAGCACUUGA